UUGAUGGAUAAGAAAGACGCCAUUUACGGACCCUUUUUUGGUGUUUUUGGAGCCUCUGCAGGAAUGAUCUUAAGUGCUUUUGGUGCCGCAUAUGGCACUUGGAAAGCAGGAUCAGCAAUUUCAGCUGCCACGGUAAUAGCCCCACAUGUAAUAAUGAAAACACUGAUUCCCGUGGUAAUGAGCAGCAUCAUUGCUAUUUAUGGGCUCAUUGCUUCAAUUUUGAUCAUCGAUGGCAUUAAACCUUCGGUUGAAGGAUAUACGAUGUACACUGGAUUUCUCCAUCUCGGAUCUGGUUUAACAGUCGGCGUAACAGGCCUUGGAGCUGGAUAUGCACUUGGUAUUGCUGGAGAAGCAGGAGUGAGAGCUGUAGCUCAAGAAUCCAGUAUUUAUGUAGGUUUCUUACUCAUCCUCAUCUUCGCAGAAGUUCUGGGACUAUAUGGUCUGAUUGUAGCUCUUAUUCUUACAACAAAGAUUAUAUAA